AUGAUUCAAGGAAACCAUAUUCUAGAUCAGCAAACUAGGGUAGUCACUAAAGUGGAAAGUUUGGAACCGCUACCGAUACGAAAGGAAUGGAUGAACGAUCUCGCUCAAGCCGUCGCUUUCUUAGAAUCACUCAAUCCCGCCCAUGGUGACCUACGACCUAAAAAUAUCCUACUUGAUUGCAACCGACCAAAAUUAUCUGACUUCGAUUCUACGGCGAAAAUCGGGGCGAAUUACGAAGCCUACAUGGCUCCAUACGGCACAAUAAUUAAUAGUAAUGAGGUGGACCAAGGAGCAUCUGAAACUUCCGGCUUCCUCAGCUCUCAAACAGAACAGUUCGCCACCGGUUCCUUGUACUAUUUGAUAAACUACGGUUUUGAAGUUUAUGGUGACCGAUGUCUUACCGAGGAUCCUUACGAGUAUGGUCCUAAGGUUGUGGACUUGCUACAGAGUAUAAACUUUCCGGAAUUGAAUGGCAAUAUACCGAUUGAUAACGUCAUCGAGAAAUGUUGGCUUAACAUAUAUGUCACGGUUUCAGAACUGGCCAUGGAUACGAAACAGCUUUUGGGCGAAAAGCUGAAGCGGAAGGAAGUAACGAAGUGGGAAAUAGAGAGGAAUUUCUGUGAAAAAAAAAAGAAAUUCUGCCAGGACCUGGAGAAACGUGGACUUCUCGGGUUGCUUUCUUUAGGUGACUGA